GGCCUUCGAUGUGCGUCACGACGUGCGGGGUGUGAUCAACCUGUGAACACCACGUCGGGGACGUAUUUAAAUCUCGCGCGAUGAACCAACCCUCCUCCCCUUUGCUUUCGCAGGAAGGGACUCCGGACCACCGCCUUCUAUGCUCGCGAUGCUUGCAAACGUGAUACAGGUUCUUGUGCUCGCGAAACUCAUCUCGGCUUUUCCAAGUGCAUCACUGGAGGGUCGAUGGGCCAACGUCUCGACCCCUGUGGUGGACCUCGGAUAUGCUCAGUACCAGGGCACGUUUGAUUACGAUGCGAACAUCUCAUACUUCUAUGGCGUUCGUUAUGCGCAAGCCCCGACUGGGGAUCUCCGUUUCCAGGCACCGCAGACGCCGACGACCACUACGGGCGUACAACAAGCGACAGCUCUGCCGAACCAGUGCUACCAGGCAACGUCAGGGAACUCGAGCACGAAUCCAUACAGGGCGACGUCGACCUUGGAAAAGAGGGCCGUGACACUGACUCAAGACGAAGACUGUUUGUUCCUGAACAUCUACACCCCGGGACAGCUGCAGCCGGGCGCAGGCCUUCCCGUCCUCGUCUGGAUACACGGUGGAGGAUACCUCGCUGGAUCAGCAAGCAUCUACACCGGCCAAGACCUUGUCAAAGAGUCUGACUACGGCGUCAUCACCGUGACAAUUCAAUACAGACUGGGUAUCCUCGGUUUCCUCCCAGGCUCCGAGGUAAAGGCGAACGGCUCACUGAACGCGGGUCUCCUCGACCAGAACUUCGCCUUGCAGUGGGUGCAGGAGAAUAUCGCGUCCUUCGGCGGUGACCCAGCACAGGUCACCAUAUGGGGCGAAUCAGCUGGUGCUGGAUCUGUCCUGCAGCACAUCGUGGCGCAUGGAGGAGAGACAGAGCCUCCGCUCUUCCGCGCUGCGUUGACCAGCUCGACGUUCUUGCCCUUCCAGUAUUACUAUAACGACACCAUCCCCGAGGCACUCUUCUCCGAGACAAUCGCACAAACCAACUGUACCAACGCAACCGACGCCCUCGCAUGCCUGCGCGCCGCCGAUGCUUCCACCCUGCAGGCCGCGAACUAUGCGAUCAACCUCGCGGGUUUCUUCGGCACGUUCGUCUUCGUCCCCGUUAUUGACGGUACCUUCAUCGUCGAGCGGCCCACCGUCACCCUCGAGCGGCGGCGCGUCAACGGCGAGAUGCUCCUGGCCGUUACGAACUCGUACGAGGGCUGGAACUUCGUCAACUCGGUGACGCCCCCGACGAACCUUACGAACUACGUCACGGAGUUGUUCCCGUUGAUCAACGAGACGACCGUGCAGGCGAUUGUGCAGGCGUACGAGAGCGCUCCGGAGUUGACGAAUGCGUCGGCGCAGGCUAUUGCGGUUCAGGGAGAAUCGAUCUUCAUAUGCCCAACCUACCUGCUGAUGGAGGCCUUCGGGGACAACGCCUACAAGGGCGAGUUCGCAGUCCCGCCGGCUCACCACGGCCAGGAUAUCCAAUACUACUUUCCAACCUCGAACCCGCCCGUUUACAAUAACUCAGAUCUCAUAACCUCCUUCUCGCAGUCCUUCCUCUCCGUUGCGCGCUCUCUGAACCCGAACGACAAGUUUUUCACGGACCUCAAGCCGGAGUGGGACGUCUGGCAGAACGGCACGACGGAGAUGUUGUUCAACGUCACCGCCGCGGGCGAGCCCGUCGUGAACACGACGACGACGGACCCGGCGCUCCUGGAGCGAUGCGCGCUUUGGCAAAGUCUGAGCAGCUUGACGUACCAGUGAUUCGGGGACCGGUUUUGUUGAGAUCUUGACAGUGUACUAGUACUUGUACUUGAACUCCCUGACAGGGCUUGCACGUUGUUAGCAUUUGGCGACCAAGAUGACAUGUAU